CAGUAUCAAUUCUUGAGUCAGCUGAUCGACAUCAUAACCUUUCCAACAAUCGUCCGGCAAGUGCACCCCCCAGUGUUCCCCGACCAUGGGAACUAGAGUACUCCUACGCACCUGGAGGAACUUCGCCCAGGAAAUAGGUCCCCACAAACUGUCCCUUCUGGGUGUUGGAGUCCUGGCAUCAGGAGUGGCAUUAUACCAUGGUAAAAGGGAAGCCUCAGCAGCCCAGAGUCAGCUGGACAUCUCCAGGUUCAUGGCAGAUUCCAUCACACCCACCAACGACCUGUCACGAAACUCGGGGGACAUGAAAACGAAAAUGGAACUUCUGAUUAUGAAAAUUCAAUCAGACUUCUGUCGCUCUCUGGAGUCCCUCGAGGACGGUACGAAGUUCAAGGUUGACAGAUGGUCUAGGAAAGAGGGUGGUGGUGGGAUAACGUGUGUUCUUCAGGAGGGAACGGUUUUCGAAAAGGCAGGAGUCAAUAUUUCGGUUGUAUCCGGUAAUCUUCCACCAGGUGCUGUUAAACAGAUGCGUGCCAGGGGUAAGGAAUUGGACGAGGGCUCCCUUCCAUUCUUCGCUGCUGGAGUCAGUGCUGUCAUUCAUCCGCGAAAUCCAAUGGUUCCGACGAUCCACUUCAAUUAUCGAUAUUUCGAGGUAACGAAUAAAGACGGUUCAGUCCAGUGGUGGUUCGGUGGUGGAACAGACCUGACCCCUUACUACCUAAACGAAGACGAUGCCAAGCACUUCCACAAGACCCUGAAGGACGCGUGCGACGAACACGACCCGACAUACUACAAAAAAUUCAAAGACUGGUGCGACAACUACUUCGUGAUCGAGCACAGGGGCGAGAGGAGAGGUAUUGGGGGUAUAUUUUUCGACGAUCUCGACACCCCAAGUCAAGAGGAGGCCUUUCAGUUCAUCAGAUCCUGUGCAGAGGCUGUCAUCCCCUCCUACAUUCCCCUCGUGAAGAACCACAAAGACGAUGGAUAUGGAUACGCAGAGAGACAGUGGCAGCUGCUGAGAAGAGGACGAUACGUUGAAUUCAAUCUGAUUUACGAUCGUGGAACGAAAUUUGGUCUUUACACACCUGGUGCACGGUACGAGAGUAUUCUCAUGUCAUUACCGUUGACUGCCAGGUGGGAGUACAUGCAUGAACCCAGUGGUGACUCGAAAGAGGGAAAACUCAUGGAAGUUCUCAAGGUGCCCAGGAACUGGUUGAAUGUUUAAGGGAAAUAAUGGUGAGGGUUUUUUCAUUGGAUUAAAUGUUAUAGUUUUUCAAAUAAAUGUUAUUUUGUACUGAA